AUGAGCUUUGAUUACAAACAAACCGAUUUUGAGAUCAAAACUGAACAUCAAAACGAGUCAAGAUUCACUUUUUGUGGAAAUACUCGAUUCGUCAUUCUCAUUCUUGGAUUAUGCUGUAUUCUGUGCACAAAUGCCAAUCUCAUUCUUAUGAAUUUCACUGUGAUCUGCAUGCAGGAUGUGAUAGAAGAACAAUCGGUUCAUAAUCAUACACAUUGGCUUCAAAGAUCUUACGAGAUUUCGCUGACAUUUUCAUCGGCGGCAAUUGGUGCCAUUUUUGGCAUAAUUCCAGCUGUUGCUUUAAUAACUUCCUAUGGAAUCAGGCGUACUUUAACAUCAUAUGGAUUGAUUUCAGCAAUUGCAACAUUAUUCAUGCCAUUGGCUGUUUCUUAUGGAUUAUUCUUUGUUCUAGUUGUUCGAUUACUUCAGGGAAUCGGUGCCUCAAUUUUAUAUUCUUCAAUCGGCACAAUAUCUAAUAAAUGGUCAGCGGCGGCUGGAAUCGGCACUUAUGUUGCGUUCUUAUCCUCUGCUUUUCAAAUCAGUAAUAUUCUAACCAUGCCAGUCUCCGGUCUUCUUUGCGAAUCAUCGUUGGGGUGGCGAUCAAUUUAUUACAUUUUUGGAUCGGCUACAGUAUCCGUUUAUUUGGUGUUCUAUGUUUUCUAUGCAGACGAACCUUCAAAUCACAAAUUUGUGAGCAAAAUUGAAUUGUCGAGAAUUCAAGAAGGAAAACUCAACGUGAAUAAUAAAAAGAAAGGAGAAUAUUCGGCGAUUUUCAAAAAUCGCGAAGUAUUUGCAAUCACUAUUGCGAUAAUUGGCGCAAGUGCUGCAGUGAUUUGCCUCAAUAACUAUGGUCCAAUUUACCUCAACAAAGUACUUGGUUUGAAUAUUCGCGAAACCGGAUAUUCCAAUGCAAUUCCCUACGUGUUCGCCGCAGUUGUCAAAUUCGCGGCGGGACCCGUUACCGAUAAACUCGCACACAUUUCCGAACGAAUGCGUCUCAUCCUCUUUGCUUUACUUCCUCAAUUAAUAAUGGCAAUUGGUUUCCUAGUGAUGUCCUUUACAUCAAAUGUGAUAAUUGCACAAGUUGCUUACACUGUUUCGAUUGUUUUGGCGGGAUUGAAUGUCGUCGGAAUGGUGAAAUCCGCACAGAUUGUUGCUGGAGAAUUAAUUGAUUUGAUUAUGGCAGUAAUCUCGAUGAGUUCUUGGAUUGCUGCCUUCAUUCUGCCAAUCGUCAUCGGAUUUGUUUGUCCGGAUAAUACGCACUCUCAGUGGUCCAUUUUCUACCUCGGAGUGUCACUCUUCGUCGUUCUCACAAACGCACCAUUCCCAUUUAUGGCCCGUGUCAAAUACACAAAACAGACAAACCGAGUAUCAGCUAUAUCGGAAAAAGUUUGA